CCGACGGUUACUAGCUUACAUGAAAAGCCUUCUGUCCACUCUCAAGAGGAGUGUACUGGCUAGUUGUGUCUUGUAAUAUGCUGCUAGCUAGCCUUCUAUUUCGGGUGUCAGAUAUGAAAAACCCACCAUGCUUCAUCUCCUACUGUGUCUAUAUCUGCACAAGAAAUUAAUAAACCCUACAAAGAACUGAAAGAGAAGUCAGAUGGCAACUUUAAGUUGCUCCCCCUUGAGUUUUCUGCUGCUAGCAGCUCUUGUUUCCACCUUGUUUUUUGUCUGCUUAGCUCCCUUCAAUUACCAAAUUAUCAAAGUUUCUGGCAGUUUGUCGUCUUUUUAUACAUAUAAUUAUACUUUUGAAAGGCUUCAACCUCUUCCCUCUCCAGUUGCACUGCAACCACCACCAAAUACCACUGUUGGAGAUGAUCAAGAAAUCACAAAUUGGAGGAACAAUGGAAAGAUUUCUGAAAGGCUUCAACCAUCACCAUCACCAUCACCAAUUUCAUUGCCAGUGCAGAACAGUUCUGUAGUUUUUAGCGCCCCCGGCAUUCCAGUAAUUACCAGGCAUGAAAAGAAAAUUAAGACAGGUUUUGAGAGAAUUGAAGAAGGCUUAGCUAUAGCAAGAGCAGCUAUUUACAAAGCAAUUCGGUCGCAAAACUCUUCAUCAUACAAGAAGGGGAGCUACGUUCCCAGAGGAGCCAUGUACAGAAACCAAUAUGCUUUUCAUCAGAGUUACGAAGAAAUGGAGAAAAGAUUCAAGGUGUGGAUUUACAAGGAAGGGGAGCUACCAGUCGUCCAUGGUGGGCCAGUGAACGACAUCUACAGCAUUGAAGGGCAGUUUCUUGAUGAAAUUGAGAGCGGCAAAAGCCAGUUUAUUGCUCGCCAUCCUGAGGAAGCACAGGCUUUUCUACUCCCCGUGAGUGUGGCCCAUAUCAUCCACUACGUCUACAGGCCUCUGAUCACCUUCUCUCGAGAUCAACUCCAGCGUUUGGUCACAGAUUAUGUUCGUGUUAUAGCUGAUAAGCACCCUUACUGGAAUAGAACCCACGGAGCUGAUCACUUCUCCGUUUCUUGCCAUGAUUGGGCACCAGAUGUUUCAAGGGCCAAUCCUGAACUCUUCAAAUUCUUCAUCAGAGCCCUUUGCAAUGCCAAUACAUCAGAAGGGUUUCAACCCCAAAGAGAUGUUUCCAUACCAGAAAUCUUCCUUCCUGUUGGCAACCUCGGACCACCCCAGGAACAUGCUCAACCCCCGAGUAAGCGUUCAAUCCUUGCCUUCUUUGCAGGUGGAGCUCAUGGUCAUAUAAGGAAGAUCUUAUUGGAACGUUGGAAAGAAAAAGAUGAUGAGAUUCAAGUUCAUGAGUACCUUACUCAAAGGAGAGAAAAAAACAAUAAUCUUUACUUUGAAUUAAUGGGUCAAAGCAAGUUUUGCUUGUGCCCAAGCGGGCAUGAAGUAGCAAGUCCUAGAGUGGUAACAGCAAUUCAAUUGGGAUGUGUUCCUGUUACCAUCUCCGAUAACUAUUCAUUGCCAUUUAGUGAUGUUCUUGAUUGGAGCAAGUUCUCUGUUGACAUUCCGUCAGAAAAGAUACCUGAUAUUAAAAUAAUUUUGAAAGGAAUUUCGGUUCGACGGUAUCUUACAAUGCAAAGAAGAGUGAUGCAAAUUCGAAGACAUUUCACGUUGAAUCGACCUGCUCAGCCAUAUGAUAUGCUUCAUAUGAUACUUCAUUCUGUGUGGUUAAGGAGGCUUAAUGUCAAGCUUCCAUGAUUAAUUUGAUCAAAGGACUCGAAACCCCUUUUCUUUUUUUGUACAUGUCAUGUCAUACCCCUUUUUAAAUUGGUUAAAUCUUUUCAUUCCAUUUGUGCCAUAACUUUCUUUUGGAGGCUAUUGUCAUCCACAUAAGGCAUGACAUAAGCAUCACUUGUAAAUUUAUUAGAGAAACUCUAUUGGUUGUUGAAGUAUUUGAAAGAGGUUUGUUCUUCCUA